AGCUCACUACUCCGGAAUCAACUCGACCCGCGCCUAGGAGGACGACUGCAAAACCCGGACAGAUUUAGGAAGACGCAUCACGAUGGCUUAUUCCGUGGUGGACUUGAUAGAUCUACCACGUGUCCCCAAUAGCUAUACAACAACAAGAAGAGCGCUCAGCGCUAUACACCGCAGAGGACGGGGUUUUCAUCCGAACGCUGCAUGGCAGCAAACGGUUUCUCCUUGUAAACUAGCCUAGAUAGAACAGCUGCAUGGACCCUAACGGGAGCUACACCAGCGUAAUAGAAUUUAAUAAUAAUAAUAAUAUAU